AUGGCACUGAAUUCAGCUACAAUGGCGCAUUCUCUCCGGUGCUGCCCAGCCGGGGCCGCGAUCCGUCGAUCGUUAUCCACGCGCGCCGGCAGUUUCCUCGGAUGCCCUAAUUAUAGCAGCGGUAGAAUAACCUUGAAGAUGGCUCGCGCUUCCCCUGCCGCCUCCGCCCCCGCCCCGGAACCCUUGCCGGCGUUGCCGCCUUUGCCGUGGUGGGCGGAGGACAUGCUUGCGGAGGACGACGAUUACUUCCCCCUCACGGACGUGGAUCCGGCCGGACAGGGACGGGAAGAGCUGAGUGCUAUAUGGGGCGCACUCGUGGCCUCCCCGCUCGAAUCCACUUCCCUCGCGCUGCGCGAAAUCAUGGCCGCCGGCAACGUCUUCCGCUGCCGCAGCUUCCACGCGGGCGUCCUCUCUGGUGCAUUGUUAGUACUCGCUGGUGUCUACCAGCUCUGGCAGGUGGCACCUACCCUUUUUCUGGACGUUGUUCUCGGAUAUAUGUUCUACAAGUUAAGUGAUUUAGCAGCAGAGUUGAAAAGGAAUGGCAGGGCAAAUGAUAUUUGUGCACGAAUACAACUAGUUCUUCUACUUAUAUUGUCUUUCAAGGACAACAGUGCUUAUCAGGGUUUCUACGGUGUUCUUGUGGAUUUGAUCUGGACGCUUAAUAUAUAUCUAUACAUCAUAACGGUUUACUACGAAUUCGUCGGCAUAAAGCACCUCAGAAUCUAUUGGCUUGGGAUUUACAGAACUCUCCGCACCAAAGGUGGACUGAUGAAGGUGGUGAAGCUUACCAUCCGUGAUAUGUUUGGAUGGGUCAAUAAGCUCUACCAGGAUGAUGCAAAUGAUGGGUGA